CCUACCUGCCUCUUUGGCCUUCCUUCUCGGUUCGGCUUCGGUGCGUCUUGGGCCGCAGAGCGGGAGCGUGCGAGGAGCGGCGCUCGCGUAUUUAUCCUGAUUCCAUCACCCCGAGAGAGAGCCGGCGACGAAGAAACCCUAGAAUUGCAAAACCCUAGCGUCCACAGCGAGGUAGUUCUUUUACAUCUUUUCGUCUCUCUCGCUUUGAUGGAAUUCCGUUUGAGAAAUGGCGCUUUUAAUGGAAAGAAUCGAGUAUAGUUUUAACCAAGAUGGAGCCUUUUCUCUAAAAUCUUUUUGCUUGAUUAGUUGUUGCAUGAUUUCAUCUCUCUGUAUGCAAGUUAUGUUUUGGUUUUGACGGCGGCGAGCCUUCUCUUUGUGCCCCCCACCCUGGGGGAAUUUGUAGUCUUGUUCUUGUCUGAGAUAGAGGAGGGUGGAGAAUUAUGGCGAUCGCUUCCCGCCUGCCUCCUGACCAGAUUCGUUGGUCUGAGAUGUUAAAUUAUCCUAGUGGUGUCGAGUGUAAUGCUAUCUUGAAGGAGAGGCGGCUAAAAGUGAGGGGGAAUCUUGUGGGGUUUAGUGAUUUGAAGAGGAAUGUGGAAAGAAGGUCGGAAAGGCUGCAUUUCAAUGUUGUUGGGUCCAGAAGAGGGCAGCGGAUGGUCGUUGCUGCAAGCCCUCCUACCGAGGAUGCGGUGGUUAUGACGGAGCCUUUGACAAAGGAGGAUCUUGUUCAGUACCUUGCUUCCGGUUGCAAGCCAAAGGAAGAAUGGAGAAUUGGUACCGAGCAUGAAAAAUUUGGUUUUGAAGUUGCCACUCUACGCCCAAUAAAAUAUGAACAAAUUGCAGACUUGCUCAAUGGUCUUGCGGAGAGAUUUGAUUGGGAUAAAAUAAUGGAAGGAGAUUAUGUUAUUGGUCUCAAACAGGCAAAACAAAGCAUUUCAUUGGAGCCUGGUGGCCAAUUUGAGCUCAGUGGUGCACCUCUUGAGACAUUGCAUCAAACUUGUGCCGAGGUUAAUUGUCAUCUUUAUCAGGUGAAAGCUGUGGCAGAGGAAAUGGGGAUAGGCUUUUUAGGAAUUGGUUUUCAGCCAAAGUGGGGACGAAAAGAUAUUCCUAUAAUGCCGAAGGGAAGGUAUGAGAUUAUGAGGAACUACAUGCCAAAAGUGGGUUCUCUUGGGCUCGAUAUGAUGUUACGCACUUGUACGGUUCAGGUAAACCUUGACUUCAGUUCUGAGUUAGAUAUGGUCAGAAAAUUCCGUGCUGGUCUUGCUUUGCAGCCUAUUGCAACAGCAGUGUUUGCAAAUUCACCUUUCACCGAAGGAAAGCCAAAUGGUUAUCUUAGUAUGAGAAGCCAUGUUUGGACUGACACAGAUAAUAAUCGUACUGGAAUGCUUCCUUUUGUUUUUGAUGAUUCUUUUGAAUUUGAACAGUAUGUGGAAUAUGCUCUAGAUGUUCCCAUGUAUUUUGUCUAUCGAAAUAAGAAGUAUAUUGAUUGUACGGGAAUGUCCUUCCGGGAUUUUAUGGUAGGAAAACUUCCUUCCAUUCCUGGGGAGCUACCAACAUUGAAUGACUGGGAGAAUCAUCUAACAACAAUUUUCCCUGAGGUUAGGUUGAAAAGAUAUCUGGAAAUGAGGGGUGCGGAUGGUGGUCCAUGGAGGAGAUUAUGCGCUUUGCCAGCAUUCUGGGUAGGGUUAUUAUAUGAUGAGGUUUCAUUACAAAAUGUUUUAGACAUGACUGCUGAUUGGACAGAACAAGAAAGAGAGAUGCUAAGGAGAAAGGUACCGGUGACUGGCUUAAAGACACCAUUCCGAGAUGGACUGUUAAGACAUGUUGCUGAAGAAGUUUUAAAGUUGGCGAAGGAUGGCUUGGAAAGAAGAGGUUACAAAGAAGCUGGAUUUUUGAAGGAAGUGACUGAGGUGGUUAGCACAGGAGUUACACCAGCUGAGAAGCUUUUGGAGUUGUAUCAUGGAAAAUGGGGAUGCAGCGUCGAUCCUGUUUUUGAAGAGUUGUUGUAUUGAGGUGUAAAAGGUGUCCUCUUUCAGGUGCUUUCUAUGACAAGCGAACGACCGCUCCCGACUAUAUGAGAUCCAUGAAGGAACCAGAUUUAGUGCCUAAUAAUCCUCAUUUGGGAGGAAAGACCUUGUUGCUAGAGAGGGGCUGGCCCCUCUAUGGGCAGAAAAUUCUUGAAGUUGGAAGGAGAUUUGCCAGGGUAAUGGGAAAGUCUACGCUUGCAGAGAAAUGCUCUUCUUUGGCAGUGGCCCUGCUUUACAUUGGCAAUAUUGCAACCAGUUUGCUUAUCCAAUAAUUGUAAUCCAUCUGAAGGAACCUUGCUAGAUCUGCAUCUCAUGGCGGUGUCAUUUUGUAAACUGUUCCACCUCAGCCAUCAUUCAGGGAAAUGCAUGCUGAAACUUAUUCUGAUGGGUAUACUGCACAGGCUUUGUGGCCAUGGUCAUUUUCUUAUAAUAACAAAAAAAUUACUGCAGAUACAGAUUUUAUUCUUUGAAA